UCUAACCUCUAAUAACUUUAUGCUGCGCAACUGUGCGCAACGGUUGAAUCUGUUGAACGCGACCAAUUUAUAUCUGCGUUAUUGAAUUUGCUUCGGUCAUUUUGUAAUUAUGGUUGUAUUUCAAAGUAUAACGACGGAUGAAUACAGGAGUAAUUACAUGACGUUUCGAUUGCUGCAUGCGUUCCAUCAGACACCAUUUGGGAAAUGUCUUAUUGCCGUAACCGAUACCAACGAAAGUGUGGCGUACUUAACUUUUGUUGACGGUGAUGAGGCGGCUGCUCUCGAAGAUUUAAAAGCGAAAUGGCCUUUAACUCGAACAUUGAAGGAUACUGAUAACAAAACAGAUGUUGUUGUCGCGAAAAUCUUUCAUCCCAAUGAUUCACAGCUUGAUUCCAUUCGUAUUCUCAUGAGAGGCACGGAAUUCCAAAUUAAAAUUUGGAGAUCUUUGACUGGAAUCCCUGGAGGAACGGUCACCACGUACGAGGAAGUCGCACAGAUGGCGGGUUACAAUUCUAAAACCGCAAUAGCAGUAGGAAAUGCAUGUUCUAAAAAUUAUGUUGCCUAUGUCGUGCCAUGCCACCGUGUGAUAGCAAAAAACACACACAAUGGUGUUCGCGGUACCAAGUAUGCUUGGAAAACUGAACGAAAAAGAGUUAUCUUGGAAUAUGAAAAGCAGCUUUAUAUGUAAAUAUUGUAAAUUAAUGUAUAUCAUACAACU